GGUUUCGACCAACUCCCUUUUAACAUAUAGAAAGCACAAUGAAAGUAGCAUGUGUAAUUUCUAGCACUGCAUCAUCGGCGACGGUCCUCUGCCGCUGCGGCCGCUCCCUUUUCUCCUCCUUCUCCGUGGCCAAAACCCUAAAUUCAUCCUCGUUUCGGAGGGGUUGGAUGAGCAACACCGCUGCGGCCGGCUCUUUAUACCAAAUAUCUUGUUCAAUGACUACCCAAACCUCCCCACCAGACACACCGGCAAUAAUCGCGCCUCUGCCGGAGAAACCGAAGCCAAAGCCACAGCCAUGGCUCAUCGUUGGCCUCGGUAACCCCGGGAAACGAUAUGCUGGUACCCGUCACAACGUGGGUUUUGAGAUGAUAGAUACUAUAGCUGAUGCUGAAGGAAUAUCAAUGGGCAGUGUUUCCUUCAAAGCUCAAUUUGGAAAAGGUUUCAUUGGAGAUGUUCCAAUUAUGCUUGCUAAGCCUCAAACAUUCAUGAAUGCAAGUGGUGAGUCUGUUGGGGCAAUUGUUUCAUAUUAUAAGAUUCCACUGAAGCAAGUUCUUGUGGUUUUUGAUGACUUAGAUCUUCCUUUUGCAAAGUUGCGGUUAUUGCCAAAAGGUGGUCAUGGAGGACACAAUGGGAUGAGGAGCAUUAUGAAUCAUCUUAAAGGAAACCGUGAUUUUCCACGCUUGCGAAUAGGCAUUGGGAGGCCUCCAGGGAAAAUGGAUCCAGCAAGUUUUGUUCUUCGUGCAUUUAAUCGACAAGAACGUGAAGAGUUGGACUUCACAUUACAGAAUGGUUUGGAGGCAAUGAGAAUUUUAGUGCUCGAGGGAUUCGACAAAAGUGCCACAUUUGUGAAUAGUUCCAAACCUUUAACAGUUUAGGUUAGGGAAUCAUUCAUUUUUCCAGAGUUUGGUGAUUGAUGGGAGAAAGGUGCCCCAACCUAUUUUGCUUGUCAGGAUACAACAGAAAUAUAGUUUGUAUACUAAAAUACUGUAGUAUGACGCCAUAAAAUCAUUUUAAAACAUUUUUGGCAAUGAUUUUUCACAAGAGUUCUCUACUUAUUUUAUUCUUUGGGGGUCCCCUUUGCCGCUGUAAUUUGAACUUGCAUUAGUUUGUUUUAAGGAGUUAUAGCUAGCGUUUGGCCAUAGA